AUGGGUGACGGGCAAAGUGAAAAUCAACCACUUUUAAGGGAUGAAGAGGAGAAUGUCAGCACAAUCUCGCCGAUUGGACCUGACGAACUGCCUCCUCCAUAUCAACAAGCAGGCAUGCCGAUGGUAACAUGUCGUGUCUGCCAGGCUAUGAUAGAUAUAUCGGGCAAAAGAGAACAGCAUGUUGUAAAGUGUUCAGAUUGCAAUGAAGCGACACCUAUAAGAAAUGCACCUCCUGGUAAGAAGUAUGUACGCUGCCCAUGCAACUGUUUGCUGAUAUGCAAGUCCUCGUCGCAGCGUAUAGCGUGCCCUCGUGCAGACUGCAAGCGGAUCAUCAACCUGGCACCCUCACCAGUCACACCGCCGGUGCCUACUUUGCCUGGCAUGUGCCGGGUCAUUUGUGUACAUUGUCAAGAUACAUUCUUAUAUCAGCAGUUGAAAAAUGCACCGGUUCGAUGCCCGCAUUGCCGGAAAGUAUCGUCGGUGGGACCGAACAUGAAACGGAUGAGAGGCAUACUAUUCCUCGUACUGGCUCUCAUUGUGUUCGCAAUCGCUCUAGGAGUCACUCUGGGAACACUCUCCGUAGCUAAAACCCAUGGUGGCGGCAUCUAUGUAGCGUAUGUAGGCGCAUUCUUACUAGCUUUCGUUCUAGGCAGCCGCGCCGUAUAUUACUUCGCAAUGAAAGUCAGCACCAUCGAGGGUCCCAUG